UCAUCUCUGUCGUCAGUGUCUCUGUUACAGCAACUGAAUCUAUUCAUUCAGCAUGCAGGAUCACAUUCACAGAGGGGCUCUUCUAGCCUGGUGCCUGGUGUUUUUGGUGAUUGUCCAGCAGGUGACCUGCAGCCCUCUGGCACAGUUGGACACACCCUCUUCUGUGCAGAAAGUUCAAAGGUCACUGAAGAGAACUGCUCGAAUGACCCCAUUAUGGAGGAUCAUGGGUACUAAACCUCACGGUGCCUACUGCCAGAACAACUAUGAGUGCUCAACAGGAAUAUGCAGGAGAGGCCACUGUUCCUACAGCCAACCGAUUAAUUCCUAAAAUGAAGACUCCGUCUCUUGAUUCAAUGAGCAACAGGGGCAACUGAAUGUGAAUGUGCAGUUAAUCAUCAAUUAGAUAUAUAGUUAAGGCUAGGACUGACUCCUCUAAAGCCACAAAGGAGGCAAUAGGUAAUGUUCUGAAGAUUGGGCUUAUCAUAAAGUAGGCUACAUAACGUGGACUUUUUCCUCAUAACCUCAUAACCUACAUGCACAGUGUAUUGCUAUAUACAGGAAGCAUUAUUAGUGAGAUUCGAAAUUACAUUUUUGAUGGACUGAUGUGCUGGGAAGGUGAUACAGUAAAUGUUAUGAAGAAUGUCAUUUUGGGCCAGAUUCCCUGAACCAGAUUAAGUCCAGUCCGUGUCCUGGAUAUACCUGGAGUAGAGUAUGGCCCUUGCCACUAACAGCUCAUCUCAGGACUAAGCUCAGUCUAAACAUGGAAACUGGUCUGUAGUAUUAGAUCAUGUUACUUGAAAGCUAUAAAUGCAAGUGAAGGCAAGCGUAAACCGUGAAGUGCCUUAGCUCAACCGAAAAGCCGUUGAACCAAAGUUAGUCUAUGAGAAAAGGGACAGAGAAAGUGCAAAGGUUGCCAUUAUUGAUCGUGUCUAGAUAUUAUUAACCAUUUACCUCCAUCCUUUGCCUUUGUCUAUGUGCUCACGUUUGUAGUAUUUAAUUUAAGACUCAUUUACCUUUCACUAUUUAUGUUGUUAUAAGUGUCUCUUCUCACCAAGCAUCAUUUCAAUAUUGGAUUACUUAUUUAUUGUUUUUCUCUUUUUAUUUUGUAUGAUUCAACAGUUCAUCUAAAGCUCCAUUUUUAUGUAUGUUACUAUAUAUUUCUCUAUAAGAUGUAAUAUUCACUGUACUGUAACUCUAUAUGUGCAUGUCUCAUAUGAGUGAAAUGGGGUUCUGAAAUAAAAAGGUGUUCCGAGAAAAUUC